GAAGCCUCUGCAGUGGGUUGUACACUGCUCUGUCAAGGCCCCUGGAGAGCAGGGGCUAGGCCCAGUCUCCAUGAUAUUGGAUGUGUCCAGCCCCACUCCAGUCCCAGCCCAGCCCUAUCUGGAGUCCUCUGCAGAGGCCAAAUAAAUUAGCAUAGGCUCCUCCCUGCCAGGCCUCCGGCUCCCCACAAGCAGAGGCUGUGGCAGCCCAGACCCUUUCCAGCACACCCCCUGCACUGCGCCGCAGUGUGAACUGGGCCUGCGAGCUGGCAGAAUUAAGUGAGGGGCUCCCAUCACUUGCCCCCCUGCUCAUGUAUGUCAGAGCCUUCAGUGUGGAGGCUGGCUGGCCAGCUGGCGGCUGGCUGGCUGGUGCAGGCAGCAUCUAUGCCUGCAGAGGUGUGUCAACACUCUGCAGUGGGAGGAAAAAACCGGGAGUGAGAGCAACCAGGAGCUGCUCUGCUGCUUCAGUGAGCAAAGCAGAACUGGAGCUCUGCGCAGAGCGUGUCCUAGGUUGAACCGGGGAGGGGGAGGGGCAGCUCCACACAGAGCAGACCCCUCCCAAAGCUUUGUUUUGCAAAAAGCAAUGGUCCCAGUCUGUCUAGUGCUGAAGCAUCUGUAGCAAGCCCCUAUCUGUAGGCAGCCUAGGAGCCCCCACCGCAUCAGCAGCCUCUGCCUGACACAGGUUCAUCCUGCUGAGUGCGUGGGGGGUUGGACAGGAGAGAUUGUUUUCUAGGUCAAGGUGAAGCCAGUUCAGUGGUGGUCCCAUCUCUGCAGUUGGAAACUAGCCUGGGAUGCUCCCACCCUGUGGCUGUUCUCCACUCUUGCCAGGGUCCCAGGGCUACCCAUCAUUUGUCCUUGCUCAUUUGAACAGGCUGUGGCAUCCCUCUAGGACCUAAUGGGCAAAGUCCAUCCUCAUUCUGUUGGCUGCCCCUGGGUCAAUGGCAGCUCCACAUGUCCCUGCAAUGUGCCUUUCCCCCUCUCCUGCACAGCCUGGACCCUGCCUGCUAGACAGGGGAUAGAGUCCCGGUAAACAAGAUUUUCUGCUCCAAGAUGACUGGCAUGUGCAUGGGAUGUAUGUGUGGCAUGUGUGCAUGGCAUGUUUUACAUGGGAUACCAGCCUACAGCAGGUCAGGGGUGUACUGCUGCUCCACAGACUCAAAUGAGCUUCACAGUGGCUGGAAGAGGGGCAGGAGGAAAGGGUGCAUUGAAGUGUUGGAUCUUCAGCAUUGGGGCAAAGGCUGGCUUCAGCAUUAAUGUCCCUCUGGAGCUGUCACUUACAGCCUAGUGUAGGCCUGGGUCAUCUCCUGCUCAUGGACUGAGCAGGUGCUGAAUGCUCCACUGGAGCCAGAGACUUCUUGUUUGCUUUGCCAGAUGUGCACGCAGCUGCACACUCUCCUACAAAUGAGCCAAGCCAUUGUCCUGUAAGUACCAGAUCCCACAAAGUCCUGGGAGGCUAGAUUCCUGCCCCAGCCAGGGUCAAGGGCUUUAAAACAGGACUUUCUUGAGUGUUGCCUGAGGCUGUCUAAGACUGUGGCUGAAGCUGCAUGCCUGCAGGUGCCACAGGGGUGCAGACUGUAUGAUACAGGGGGUUGAGUGUAGCUUGGAUGCUGAUGAAAAAGUCAGGGGGGCAGUACAGGAGCAGACUCAGCAUCUGGGACCCAUGUCAGGAGGAGACCUUGGGCUACACUUCUCACAGUGGGAGAGGUCCUUUCCCUGCUGUGGGAGGUCCCGCUAGAGCACUGCAGCCAUGGGACUGGCCCUGGUGUGCAGCAGGUCCCAUCAGCCUUGAGCCUCUCUGUGGAGUCUGUCACUGGGAGGUGGUGAGAGGUGUUGGGGAUGUGCCAGUCUGGGCAGGGCAGCUUUAACUACAGCCUCUCCCCCACAGGACACUGUUACAAUGACCUGGUCGCUCCCCUCUACUCUUCGUCCCUCGGUGCUUCCUCCAGAUACAACAUCCUCUACACACCUGGCUUUGCCCGGCUCUACAGCAGCAGUGGCUGGUCUCCAGACCCCAGGGACAAGCAGCCCUGGCUCCAGAUUGACUUGAUGCAGAAGCACAUGAUCAAUGCAGUGGCUACGCAGGGGACAUACAACACACGUGACUGGCUUACUCACUACAUUGUACUCUAUGGAGACCACCCAAGCAGUUGGAAGCCCUUCUUUCAGCGAGGGAGUAACUGGACGUUCUUUGGGAACGUGAAUGAGAGUGGUGUGGUGAUCCAUGACCUGCACUACCCCAUCCUGGCUCGCUACCUCCGCAUCAUCCCGGUGGGCUGGAACCCCAGUGGCAAGAUUGGGCUACGCCUGGGCCUCUUUGGCUGCCCCUACCGGUCUGAUGUGCUCUACUUUGAUGGGGAUGACGCCAUCUCCUACCGAUUCCGAGGCAAGACUGUCAGCACCCUGCAGGACACCAUCUCUUUCAACUUCAAGACAUUGGAGCGGGACGGGGUGCUGAUGCACGGGGAGGGCUCGCAGGGUGACUACAUCACUGUAGAGCUGAAACAGGCCCAGCUGGUAUUGCACAUCAGCUUAGGAAGCAGCCCACUGCACUCCAGUGAGGGGCACACAACAGUGACAGUGGGUAGCCUCCUGGAUGACCAGCACUGGCAUUCACUGCAUAUUGAUCGCUACGGCCAACAUGUCAACCUGACCCUGGAUGGGGUAGUCAAACAUUUCCGCUGCAAUGGGGAUUUUGACCAGCUGAACCUUGACACCGAGGUGUUCUUUGGGGGUGUGGUCAACCAGGAGAAGCAGAGGCUGGUCUAUCGGCAGAACUUCCGGGGCUGCAUAGAAAACAUCUACUUCAAUGGUGCCCACAUUGCUGAUCUGGCUCGCAGGAAGAAGUCCAACAUCCGUUUUGAGGGCCGCGUCGGCCACUACUGCGAGAACCCACCCUACGCACCCAUCACCUUCGCAGGCAUCAACAACUACCUGCAGGUACCAGGGAUCCCACGCAGGAACCGUAUGUCUGUCAGCUUCAAGUUCCGCUCUUGGGAUAUGGUGGGGCUACUGAUGUACACCAGCUUUGCUGAUCGUCUGGGUUCCUUGGAGAUGGUGCUAAGUGAGGGCCAGAUCAAUGUCUCCAUUGCCCAGCCUGGCAAAAAGAAGCUGGAGUUUGCAGCAGGGUACCGCCUCAAUGAUGGCUUCUGGCAUUCAGUGCUGCUGGUGGCACGGGAUGGCUCAGCCGUGGUAACCAUCGAUGAUGAUGAUGGGGCAGAGUUCCGCGUGGCGCACCCUUUCCAGCUGCGCACCGGAAGCCAGUACUUCUUUGGGGGUUGCCCCAAGCCUGCCUCCAUCACUGGCUGCCUAUCGAACCAGACUACUUUCCAUGGCUGCCUGCAGAUGAUCAGUGUGGACGCACAGCCCGUGGACUUGGAGUUACUGAAAUAUCACCGCCUGGGAAAGUACUCGGAUGUGUUCUUUGACAUGUGUGGCAUCACGGACAGGUGCACCCCCAAUCUUUGUGAGCAUGGUGGUCGUUGCCUGCAGUCCUGGGAUGAUUUCAUCUGCAUCUGUGCCCUAAGGGGAUACAGGGGAGAGCCCUGCCACAAACCCAUUUACAAAGAAUCAUGUGAAGCAUAUCGGCUCAGUGGGAAAACAGCUGGGAACUACACCAUUGACCCUGAUGGCAGUGGGCCCCUCAAGCCCUUCACUGUGUACUGCGAUAUGAGAGAGGAUCGAGCAUGGACCAUCAUCCGGCACAACCGGCACUAUGCCACACGGGUGUUAGGCUCCAGUGUGGACCGGCCUUACUUGGGGGCAGUGGAGUACUGGAAUGCCUCGUGGGCUGAGGUGUCGGCCCUGGCCAAUGCCUCUGAAUACUGCGAGCAGCGCAUUGAGUUCUCCUGCUACAACUCCCGCCUGCUCAACACACCCUCUGGGCUGCCCUUCAGUUUCUGGAUGGGCCGCCAUAACCAGGGCCAUUACUACUGGGGAGGCUCACGUCCGGGCAUCCAGCGCUGUGCCUGUGGCCUGGACAAGAACUGUGCUGACUCCAGGUUCUUCUGCAACUGUGAUGCUGACCAUGCCCUUUGGAGGGUAGACAAGGGACUCUUGAACUUCGUGGAUCACCUACCUGUCACUCAGGUUGUGGUUGGAGAUACCAACCGAUCCAGCUCAGAGGCCCAGUUUCUGGUGGGGCCGUUGCGGUGCUACGGAGACCGGAAUACCUGGAACACAGUCUCCUUCAACAAAGGCACCGUCCUGCUCUUCCCCACCUUCCACGUCAACCAGAGCCUUGACAUCUCCUUCUACUUCAAAACCACUUCCUUGUCUGGCGUCUUUCUGGAGAAUUCAGGCUACAAGAACUAUAUCCGUGUUGAACUCAACACUACCAGGGAUGUGCUCUUUGCCUAUGACAUUGGGAAUGGGCACGAGAACCUGACAGUGAGUUCCAUCUUCCCCUUCAAUAAUGACGAAUGGCACUGGGUGCAGGCCGAGCUCAAUGUGAAGAUGGUACGACUGCGAGUAGAUGAGCUGCCCUGGGUUGUGCGGGCAGCCCCACCCCAGACCUACGUACAGCUGGAGUUUGACAAGCCCCUUCAUGUCGGGGCAGCUGAGCACAAGCUGCGUCCCUUCCUGGGCUGCCUUCGGGGAUUGCGCAUGAAUGGUGUGACACUGAACCUGGAGGGCAAGGCUAAUGAGACGGAGGGUGUGCGGGUGAACUGCACCGGUUACUGCCAGAACCCGCGGGUGCCCUGCCAGAACAGCGGGCUCUGCGUGGAGCGCUACAGCCACUACACCUGCAACUGCAGCAUCUCUGCCUUCGACGGGCCCUUCUGCAACCGUGAUAUUGGUGGCUACUUCGAGGAGGGCACUUGGGUUCGCUACAACAUCCUGUCAGCUUCACUCUAUGCUACCCACGAGUUCGCCAGUAUUGUGAGCCAGCCCCUGCCUGGCUACAACUUGACAAGUGAGGAGGUCAGCUUCAGCUUCAGCACCACUUCCGCCCCUGCUGUGCUGCUCUACGUCAGCUCCUUUGUCAAGGACUACAUGGCUGUGCUCAUCAAGGAUGAUGGCAGCCUGCAGUUGCGGUACCAGCUGGGCACCAGCCCCUAUGUCUUCGCACUGACCACCAAACCUGUGACAGAUGGGAGGCCCCAUCGCGUCAACAUCACCCGUGUCCACCGCACACUCUACACACAGGUGGACUUCUUCCCUGUCGUGGAACAGCAGUUCUCCCUCUUCGUGGACAGCAAGCUGGACUCACCCAAGAACCUGUACCUGGGCCGUGUGAUGGAGACAGGCGUGAUUGACCCAGAGAUCCAGAGGUACAACACACCUGGCUUCUCCGGCUGCCUCUCAGGGGUGAAAUUUAACACCAUUGUGCCUCUCAAGUCCAUCUUCCGCCCGAGCAGCACGAUGGUGCACUACAAUAUCCGGGGGGAGUUGGUGGAGUCCAACUGUGCAUCCAUGCCUCUCAGCACCAUGCCCAUCCCCCCGGAGAUGGAUCCCUGGUACAUGGGCACAGAGUUCCCUCAUGUGCAUGAUGACGGCUGGAUUGGGAUAAUCAUUGGAUUUGUGAUAUUUCUGCUGCUGCUCCUUGGUGGCCUACUGGUGCUACUGUAUCUCUACUAUCACCGCUACAAGGGCUCAUACCACACCAACGAGCCAAAAGCCAUUCAGGACUACAGCAGUGCGGUCAAGCCCCUUGCCAGCCGCAAGGACCAGAACCUGCCCCAGAUCCUCGAGGAGGCAAAAAGUGACUAGCUGCUGGAACAGGGCUGGGUGGAGGGGAAGGGUUAGCUCCACAGGCACUUGGCAUCCUGCACCCUCAGGAGACUCGCCAGAGGUGUUCCUCUCCCAGAAGCAGUAUUGGAAGGCGUCUCCUGCCAUGGCCAGGAGGGUAGUGAGCGUUGCGGGACCAAAAUGCCAAUUGAACCCGAACUGCCAAAACCCAAUGCUGGACUGGGGCAGCAACGCCUUCCUCUUGUGCUGCUUCUACCUGCCCACAUCAAACCCAGCGUUGCUUGGGGCUGUGCCUUGCAUAGCCUGUGAGCCACCUGUGUGAGGAGCGUCUUCCUCCUAUUAUACAUCAAGGCCAGCCCCCAUGUCCUCAGCCCAGACACAUGGUGGAAGUCAUAUGCCAGGUGGCUCUGCCCACUGUGGUUUGCACCUACCAAGCUGCAAGCCCCUUCCCCUUCCCUUUCCCCCUCUGUUGGGGGUCAAGCUGCAGCCAAAACUUCUCCCAACUCCCACAGAAAGAUUGCAGCCCAUGCAUCAACAUGAAGCUGCUUUCUGAGCCCAGGCUGGGACAGGGCUAUACACCUGUGACCUGUAAAAUUGCCCAUCCCAGGCUUACAGAGGCUGUUUUCCACACAGCCAGCCAGGCAUGGCCCCAGUUGAGGAGACAUGCUUGUGUCUAUUUUACAUGCUCCAAACCUGUUGUUUUGUAGGGGGAAUAUGCACUACAGUAUAGCCUGGCCUUCCACAUGUCUGGUUAGCAAAGAUAGCACUUAGAUUACCUGCUUGUUUACUUGCUUAGCAAAAGCCAUUAAGUGAACCAUGCAACAUAGAGCGUAUGAGCACAAUCCUUAGGUCGUGCUCUGAAACCUGUGCAAUAUCCCUGCCAGUAUAUGCAGUGGCAGCUGCUGCCAUGCAUGAGCCUGCACUUUGCUGAGAUGCUGCUUCCAUACAAUCAGGUACAGACCAUCUGAUUCUUUCUACCAUUUUUGUUGUCAAGUUCUCUAUUACUCACUGGGUUUUUUUAUUCUGUCACUUUGUAUAAAAAAGUACCAAAACCAAACAAAAAAACAACAAAACAAAACUUAACGUCAGAUGCUACAUUUCAAGUGAGUGUUGUGGUAAAUGGUCUGUAGUUUGCUACUUCUCUGUAAGAAGUGCUAGUCGUGCUGAUAACUUCCAACCCAGUGAAAGUGUCAGUCACACGCUUCAUUGUUAUGAGAUGUUACAGAAAUGCAUUUAUCUUCCCAAAGGCCUGGCUCCACCAGGCACUUUAUUUUUGAAAAAUCUGUUUUGUUGAAUGAAGUGUGAAGAUAUUCAAAUAAAUGCAGAAUGAUAGCGUU